AUGUCUCAUGAACAGCCUCUGGAACCAGGAUCACGCAAACGACGGCGAGAAAGUUCUGUAGAGAGCUUAUCAGAGCCACCAAAGAAGUUGCCCAGGACCGAUCCGUCCCCCGUCUCUUCAUGCCCCGCAAUCGUCGAGUCUUUUUUGCAAGAAGCCGCACUUGAUAAUGCAGAUACAUCACCCUAUAAUGAAAUGCAAGAACAGGAGAUUAUAGAGACCUUUGACCCCGCGAGCGAUGCGUUGUUUUACGGAUUCGUCCCGGCGACUGGCAAUCCGUCAUCUCUUCCUCAUGUUCACUAUGUGGAAGGAGAACAGAUGUCGAACGAAGACACCUCGCAGCAUAUGUCUAGGGAACAGAUUCAAUUUAGCCAACACUCCCCCACUCUACCCCAGGAGCCCGAGGAGGCGAACAACCCUCCAGACAUCGACAGCGAAGACUGGGAGUUUGAGUUCCCUUACUUUACUCUCGAUGGCGAUGAAGAUUGGCUACCACUGGCUACUCUCAUCUCUCCCACAGAUCAAGACGACAUGCCAUCACAAGGAGAGGUAGAUAUCAGAGAUUUAGAAGAGAUUACUCAUGUCAGCGACUCAGAAAAGGAUCACUGGAGUGAUCUAGAGUAG